AGGAGCAUGAAGACAAAGAACGUGAAUCGGAACUCAUUGAAGCAUCAGCGAUCGCCGUCUAAGUUUUUACUCACAGAGAUGGUCAGCCAACACGCGAUGGCUACUACAGUCCGUAAAGUUAAGCAGGAAAAUCGCUUACGUCGACAGAAUAAUUUUAAUAAUGAUGAAGAAACUGUAUAUAAGGCGAUUUCAUCAUCGAAAUCGUUGCCGAGGAGUUUAAGUAAUCAAGGAAGAAAUAAUAGCGACUCCGGUGCAGUCUUACAAGUGGAGGGAUUGCAGCAGAAUAUAAUAAUGCCACCUCUUUAUGGGGAGGAACAAACUCCCAAUCAAAACCAACAAAGUCUUCAAACUCACAGCAAUAAAUUUCCGAUACCAAUCCUGCAUGAGUACAACAAAAGGAGUGCACUAAGUCGCGCAAUAGCUCCCGACGCCCCGGUCAAACAACAGGCUUGGGUUCAAGAGAGCAACCAGGUUGAUCACCGACAGGAUCAUGUGCAAAAUUUUCAACCCCAAGAGAUUUAUACGUCAACACCAACAGGAGCAGUCUCACGACUAACAAAAUCCGAAGAGGACCGUACGAAAUCACUUUCACGAACGUAUCACACAAUCAAGGACAUGAUUUCUAGUCGUUUUGGUCCCUCUCGAAAAGACACCGAGCCGGACGUAGAAGUAAGCUUGAACAACGUAACCGAAGAGAUAAGAAAAUCCAACAAGAGCAUCGACGAAGAAGAAACCAAGAAGAGAGACCGGGAAAGUAUCUACGGAAAAUCCCGAGCUGAGCCUAACCCAGCAGUUAAAAUGCAGCAGUACCCCCAAAACAAUUCGUACAACGCCCAGCCGUACAACUCUUACUACCCAAGUUCUCAGAACGUAAUUAUGCAAUCACCGGGACAAUUACACCCAAGUCUUCCAGGUCAGUCUGCCCAGCUGCAUGUUAGCCACAUAACACCUCCCGGCGGGGUGCAAACCGUUCAUCAAACCCAAGUCUCUCCUUACAAUCCCCCAGGAGCGAAUUCUAGCAGAAGCGAUUACGUCGUCCAAGGCUCGAGCGGGAUCCAGCAUCAGAUACAGAACCCCCCAGUCGGGAAACACGGGCUGCCCAUGCAGCCAGUAUCUUCUGCUAAUCACCAGAGCUAUCAGAGUCCCCAGCAGCUGCUCCACCAGUCGCAGAUUCAUCAGAGUCCUCGAUUUUCCCAUCAGCACAUGCAGAACAUGCAUCAGCGGCAAUUGAUUCAACAGCAGCAGCACAAUAUGGGAGGUCAACAACCUAGUCCAAGAUCAACAGCCAGAGCACAACAGCAAUCCCUAUUUCCUGGCGGUUUAUCUUAUCAGCAGUAUCAACAAGCCAGACAGACUAUCUCCAGAUCUCAAAUAGAUUUACCGAGCACUUCCCGGCAGGCUCUUGAUGUCAGAAUUUUAGGGCAAGAGGUUUUCUACCACUACAACAAAGGCAGACCUGGUUAUCAAGCUCCGCCUCAAGUCUACAUCAAGCAAGAUAACACCAGCCAGGAGAGCAACGAAUUAAGGUCCUCGAUGAUGGAGAAGGCUAUGUCCCAGCCCCAUUUGUGCUAUGAUGAUAUUAACAAUCAAGAUAUGGGUAAUUGCAAUAAUCCAGAUGGCUUAUCCAAGGAAAACUACGAAAUCACCGUCGAGGGCCAGGAGUUUGCUACUGAUGAUAAUAACAAGAACGACGGCCACCGCAGGCUCAACGGAGACUUCAGGCCUGACACCAGUUUUGGAAACCGCAGAGAUGAUGCCAGGUCUUCGAAGAAAGAAUUGGAAAAACUUAACCAGGAGCAAGACACCAGUAAAAGCGAGAAGAAAGACAUUGAAAGGGAAGCUAAUUCCAAGGAAACUUUCGCAGAUCCCAAGAAGAAUUUCUCUAAAGCGGAGGAUAGGAAGGUUAAUGGUGGAGAAGAAAUGAAAAAGUCAGAGUUUAAGAAAGAGGAUUUGGAAAGCGGAAUGAUGAGGCUCAAAAUAAAUCAAAAUCAAGGAUCUGGCUCGGAUUAUGAUAAAGCGGGUCAGAGUUCCAGCAAUGUCGACUCUGGAAGGGGAUCUGCUGUAUAUUCCAGCGGUCGACGACCACCCCCCGUUGAUCAGAAUCAUGGACAAGCUCGAGAUUCUGAAUGGGUGGAUAUUGUGGAAUCUGAACUGCGUAGCAUUUUAGAGCCAUCAAGAGACAUUCCGGCGAUGGCUCACUCCACUCUCUCAGAGAGCGUAUCUUCAGUGACGCCCCCGUUGCCGCCACUUUCCCCUCACGGAAGUCCUCGUACUCCGAGAAAUCGAUACACGUCAAGUUUACCGUACGGAGCAAAACCCAAUUAUACAGACUACGGAAAAAAUACCGAUAAAAGGAAUUUCCAAAACAGCAUCAAACAUCGCAGCGCUUCUACGUCCAAAAAGGAUGCUGCGAAAAAAUUUUCACAUCUUUUUGGAGUAGAAGCGACAGACUUGACUUCUACGACAACCGGGUUGGAUUUGGACUCUAUGUUGGAUCGUAGUGACUCUGAUUUGAGUACCAAUGAUGCAAGGACCAUCAGAAAACAAUUAGAAGGCUUGGAAAAUAUGUACAGCGAGGUGCUAAAAUUGCUGGGCGGAAGUGUAAAGAAACGUAGAAAAGCUCGAGGCUUAACCAGCUACGGAUCCGUAUCUUCAUUACCGACCUCUUCAGUGUCUUCGAGACCUAUCGCUCGACAUCACGAUAAAAGGAGAUCCCACGUUGUCGACGAGAGGAUAAAAAAAGCCAAAGAUAUUAAGAGCAUUAACAAGCGUUUUCAACGACUCGAGUCCCACGUAGUUACCCUGGCCCGUUCAGUGGCUCAUUUGUCAUCGGAAAUGCGCACUCAGCAUUUAAUGAUUCAAGAAAUGGAGAACAUUCGCGGAGAAAUAGCUGCGCUGAGGACCCAAACCAGCAUGGCGAUGGUCAGGUCCCAGUCCCAGCCGCUAAUUAAAGACGCCGAAUUGCCAGCGCUGUCCAAUCCUUCGAGGGUUAAAAAACUUACUAAAUUUUUUGGGACCGAACCGCCGCUAAUUCGGCUGUUUCUUCGCGAACUUGGAUAUGAGAAAUAUGCAGCAGCUUUUGAAAAAGAAAAAGUUGGAAUGGUAGAAUUACCAUAUCUCAGCGAAGAAAGGCUUCAAAAAAUGGGCGUACCUUUGGGACCGAGACUGAGGAUUCUUCAAGAAGCUAGGAUCUCCGUUUGCAAGGAUCCUAUUUACGUGGUGUAA